UUUGUUUUUUUUUAAUUGCAGCAGCUGUUGCCGGGUAAAAAGUUUUGGGAAUCUGAUGAUUCCAGCAAAGAUGGACCAAAAGGGAUAUUUCUGGGAGAUCAGUGGAGAGACAGUGCUUGGGGAACAUCAGAUCACUCUGUUUCCCAACCAAUUAUGGUUCAGAGAAGACCUGGUCAGGGCUUUCAUGUGAAUAGUGAAGUCAACUCAGUGCUUUCACCACGGUCAGAGAGUGGAGGACUUGGAGUUAGCAUGGUGGAAUAUGUGUUGAGCUCAUCUCCCGGAGAUUCCUGCCUAAGGAAAGGAGGAUUUGGGCCAAGGGAUGCAGAGAAUGAUGAGAAUGACAAAGGGGAUAAGAAAAAUAAGGGCACAUUUGAUGGCGAUAAAUUAGGAGAUCUGAAGGAGGAGGGAGAUGUGAUGGAUAAAACAAAUGGUUUGCCUGUGCAGAACGGAAUCGACACGGAUGUCAAAGACUUCAGCCGUACACCUGGUAAUUGCCAGAACUCUGCUAGUGAAGUAGAUCUUCUGGGUCCAAACCAGAAUGGAUCUGAGGGCUUAGCCCAGCUGGCGAGUACUAAUGGUGCCAAGCCCGUGGAGGAUUUUUCCAACAUAGAGUCACAGAGCGUUCCCCUGGAUCCCAUGGAGCACGUUGGCAUGGAGCCUCUGCAGUUUGAUUAUUCUGGCACCCAGGUACCCGUGGACUCAGCUGCAGCCACCGUGGGGCUCUUCGAUUACAAUUCCCAACAGCAGUUGUUCCAAAGACCGAAUGCACUUGCUGUUCAGCAGCUAACAGCAGCCCAGCAGCAGCAGUAUGCAUUGGCAGCUGCCCAUCAGCCUCAUAUAGGUGUGUUUUCAGCAGGUUUAGCUCCUGCUGCCUUUGUCCCCAAUCCGUACAUCAUCAGCGCUGCUCCACCAGGAACGGAUCCGUACGCAGCCGGGCUCGCCGCAGCUGCCACAUUAGGCCCUGCAGUUGUCCCUCACCAGUACUACGGAGUUACACCCUGGGGAGUUUAUCCUGCCAGCCUCUUCCAGCAGCAAGCUGCAGCAGCUGCUGCUGCCACUAACUCAGCAAAUCAGCAGACCACUCAGCAAACCCAGCAGGGCCAGCAACAGGUUCUACGUGGAGGAGCCAGUCAGCGUCCUUUGACCCCAAACCAGAACCAGCAGGGACAGCAGACUGAUCCUCUGGUGGCUGCUGCCGCCGUCAACUCUGCCCUUGCCUUUGGACAAGGGCUGGCAGCAGGGAUGCCAGGGUACCCUGUGCUGGCUCCUGCUGCUUACUACGACCAAACUGGUGCUCUCGUGGUGAAUGCGGGGGCCAGGAAUGGCCUGGGGGCACCCGUGCGCCUGGUGGCCCCUGCACCGGUCAUCAUCAGCUCCUCUGCAGCACAGGCAGGUUCCUUGAUUGGCUAG